GGGGCCCCGCGCCGCCAGCCUGGGCGGCUCCCGACGGCGCCGGUGGCCUCCGCGGCGGUGGGGAGCGCUGCGGGACGGCUGGGGGAGCGGCGCGGCGCUGCCCGCGCAGCCGGAAGGGCGGGGCCCGGCCUAGCCGUCCUACGCGGCGCCUCGCGCGCAGCGGCAGGGAGGCAGCUGGGGUUGGCUCAGUCCCUUUGGACGGCAGUAAUGGCAACCUACACGUGUAUCACUUGCCGUGUGGCUUUCAAGGAUGCUGACAUUCAGCGUGCCCAUUACAAAACUGACUGGCAUAGAUAUAACCUAAAGCGUAAGGUUGCGGACAUGCCUCCUGUCACGGCUGAGAAUUUCCAGGAGAGAGUCCUAGCACAGAGAGCUGGAGCAGAGGAGCAGAACAAAAUCACGGCCACUUAUUGCACUGUUUGCAGCAAGAGAUUCUCCACUUUCAAUGCCUAUGAGAAUCACUUGAAGUCUAAGAAGCACCUGGAGCUGGAGAAGAAAGCUGUUCAAGCUGUCAGCAGGAAGGUGAAAAUAUUAAAUGAAAAGAACCUGGAGAAGGGGCUGGCCCCAGAGAGUGUAAAUAAAGAUGCAAUGAACACAGCUAUUCAACAAGCCAUCAGAGCUCAACCAUCUUCAUCUCCAAAGAAGUUACCUUUAUCUCCUAGUAAUGUAAGCAGCUCUCCAGUUUCUAUGGAAAGCACCAGCUUAUCACAGAGUAGAGAGCGAUCAGAAAAACCUCCAAGGCUACAGUGGUUUGAACAGCAAGCAAAGAAGCUAGCCAAACAACAGGCAGAGGAAGAAGAGGAUAUGGAGGAAGAAGGCUGGGAAGAUAUGGACUCUGAUGAAGACAAUGGCUCUGAGGAAGAGAUGGAAAGUGUGGGAGAAGAGGAAGAGGAGCAGACAGCAGCUGAAAGCCCUCCUGCUGCUGGGGCCGUACCAGUCACGGACUGCUUGUUCUGUCCACACCAUUCAAGAUCUCUCAUGAAUAAUGUGGCCCAUAUGACAAAAACCCACAGUUUCUUCAUUCCAGACAUAGAGUACCUCAUUGAUCUCAGAGGCCUGAUUAAGUACUUAGGAGAGAAGGUUGGUGUAGGGAAAAUCUGCCUUUGGUGCAAUGAAAAGGGGAAAUCCUUCUACUCUACGGAAGCAGUGCAGGCUCACAUGAAUGAUAAAAGCCACUGCAAACUCUUUACAGAUGGAGAUGCUGCUCUGGAGUUUGCAGACUUCUAUGAUUUUAGGAGCAGUUACCCUGAUCACAAGGAAGGGGAAGAUGUGGAGGUGCCUGGAGAGCUCCCAGCAGAGAGAGAGUUGGAGUAUGAUGAUGACACCAUGGAGCUGAUCCUUCCUUCAGGUGCGAGAGUUGGUCACCGUUCUUUAAUGCGGUAUUACAAGCAACGGUUUGGUUUGUCAAGAACCGUGGCUAUUGCAAAAAAUAAGAAAGCAGUAGGCCGGGUUUUGCAGCAGUAUAGAUCUUUGGGCUGGACAAGCCAGACAGGGGCAGCCUCCACUCAACAGCAUGAUAUGCAGUACCUGCAGAGGAUGAAGUCAAAGUGGAUGCUCAAGAUGGGAAUGAGUAACAAUGCUACAAAGCAGAUGCAUUUCCGGAUGCAAGUCAGAUUUUGAGUACCCCAGAGAGCUGUAUGCAACUGGUUUUGUGGAGGAGGAUGUGAUAGUUUCUGGUUUGAGGGUUCUGUUAUUAAAAUGGACUUGGUACCUAACAAAUGGGAGAGUGUAUGCUGCUGUGCCUUCCUGUCUAUGAGAAGAUACCUUGCAGGAAGCUUGUCUCUUCCAGUGAAAUGAUAGUUGGCCUAAAGUAAAAAAUUAAAAUAUCUUAAGCAGAAUAUAGUGGAAUAUGUGACAAAGUAGCUACUGCUGUGAAUAAGGAUGCAUGCAUAUUCUUGCUGCCCAUCUUUGUGUAAUAGGGUUCUCUGGGAAAAUUGACACUGUCUUCAAUAACUUCAAUUUCCAGUUCUGCAAAAUGAUUGAGGCCAAGAGAAGAUCUUAGAUCUAGGAGCCUGAGGGGAAUGUAUUGAAGGUGUUCAGUUGUGGUGCCACACACAUUAACUGGGUGUGCUGGACUUCUAGCUGGUACUAUUGAAGGGAAGAUUUGAGAUCAGAGAUGGUUAAGUGUUAAGUGUUUGAUGAAACAAACUGACAAAGUGUAACUCCAGGAUUAAUUUUGUCCUGUGAAAUUGACCUUAAUUUCUUAAUGCUCCAGCUCAGGGCUGCAUUAAUAACAUGCACUGUAUUUUUUGUGUUGAAUUUGAUGAAUUUUCAUGAGCUAAAAACUGUUCAAGAUUACCACGACGUUUAGGCAUGUCACUCUAAACUUCUGAUGAUUUGGUAAAGAUCUGCUGAUUAAAACUCUGAAGUUACUAUUGACGUCAGCUUUUGCUUUUCCCAGGGAAUAUUGGUGUUUCAUACAAGCUUGCUGAAGGAAGGUAACCUGAGACAUGCAUGCUAGAAGGAGGUGUCCUUCCUGCCAAAGGCAUGGUGUCCCACUAGAGCAGGAAGAGUAGUUUGAACUGUUACAGACAGGUGUAGAGAACUCUGUUACAGACAGGUGUAGAGAACUCACUACAGAGCUCAGGAACCCAGUGCUAGUGUUGGUCCUGGUGCUGUAGAUGCUAAAAGCUUCUGUGAAAUUGUCUGGUUCUUCUGACCUUUGUGUAAGUUGAGCAAUUACACACAAAGGUUUAGGUUAGCUCGGGAAGCCACAUAGUUGUAACUUGCUGAACACUACAAGGGUAUGCCACAGGAAUAUCGCUAUAUUCAUCGUCUAUUCAUCAUGAAGGCAGCUGGUUAGUCCAGCGCACUUCCGCAUUUUAGGGUGCUUCUGAACUCCAGUUGCUUUGAUUGGCAUGACUUUUACGUAAGUUUUCUUUCUCCACUGUGAAUGGUACGUGGACGAGUAUCACUGGAGGGCAGGGGGCAACUUUUAAGAACUUUAUCAGUUAGCACUAUGUCAGUUCUGGUGUUUUAAAAUAAUGCACUAAACUCUCCCUAUGAAAUUUAGAAACAGUUGUACUGUUGGCAUAGUAACACUUUAAAGGAUUUUUUGUUUAUACAAAACUCAUAGGAAAGUGAUAAUUUAAAAAUAGAGGUCCAUGCUGUGUGUUUUUGUUGUGGGUUUCUUUGUGUUAUGGGUUUUGUUGUUAUUUUUCUUUUUCUUUUUUUUAAGUUCUGCUGCAUUGGAAAUUUUUUGCUGCUUUUUUUUCUGAGAAGACAAUUUGAACAGUAAUGCAGGGUGUGAUUUAGAAGAUGCUGUGUCAUAUCUAAGUGACUAAUACCUUAAAAUGGAAUUUUACUGUCUUAGAGAGAGGAGUCGUAUUUAUUAGGUAUACCAAAUCUGUUACAGAUUUGAGUGAAGGGAAACUGAAGCAGAGAAGAUUUUAAAGAAAUACAGGCUGUCUUUACAUUUAAAAUCUUAAACAAAAGUUGGACUGAUGAAUGAAUACCUCCUUUCUCAUCCUUCUUUUCCCUCGCAGGGCAGACUUAAUACCAUUGUAUAGCUACAUCUAGCUCACAUCUGAAUUUAUUCUAGAGGCUUUACUCUGUGUUAUUAAGGGCUUUAUCUUCAAAGGCAGCAGUAAGAGAUCUAGUCUCAGCUAUGUGACUCAAGCAAUGUGAAUGUUAAUACAUCAGUGCCUUUAUUACACUCACAACUUGGCCGUGGUGUAUACCUGAACUUGCAAUUAUGGUGUGGAUUUCUAGUGCUGAGGACAUUCAUGACUUGUAUGUGUCAGGCUUCAGCUUCUGGCUCUUGGAACUGCUUGUAUCUUUCUCCUCAAAGUUAGAGACUACUACGAGAGGGUCUUACGCUUAUGGACUAGCUAGGCUGUCUUUACAUGCAGAGCAAAACUGAAGUGAAGCCUACUCCUACUUCAAAGGAAGUUUUAACUGUGAGCUGACAGUGGGUACCUCAGAAAACCAGCAGAGGGCGUAAGAAAGCUUUUCUCAGAAUUGUUUUUACUAUGAAAGAAAGUAGUCUCAUAGGAGUACAUCAUGCAGAAUACUGGUGAGGAAGGGAAGGCAAAGUUCACCAGUAACACGAUUAAAGAGUAGCACUAGACUACUUUAAGUUGAAUUGUUAUUAAUAUUUUUGUAUAGAUCCACGGAAAGCAUUGCUAGCAGAUAUUUUAUAGCAUCUUAAUAAUCCUUUUCCGAAGGCUCUUCAGGAAACAGAUCUGUGUAGCUAUUCUGGAUAAUUAAUAACUUGAACAACAGGAUUAGAAGCAGCAAUACUAAUGGUUAAAAAGAGGGAAGGGGGAAAAAAAAGAAAAACUUUACAUUUCUUAGCAGCUUUGGAGGCCAGCAGAGUAACUUUAUGUUUUAUAAAGUGAAAUUUGUAGUAAGAUACAUUUCGUCUUAGAACGCUUCCUUUAUUCUGUUUGCUCAACGAGAACAAUAUUCUAAUUAAAGCAUGCUCAGAAGACCCAGCAGCAAGUUUACAGAAGUAGGUGGCUCUGUAAAUAGUCACUAGCCUGAUAGAAAUUCUGUUUAACAACAAAUGGGUAAACCAAACACCUCAGAAAGUAUGUAAGAAGAGUGCUGCAGGAUGAGGUAGCACUCAGCUGUGGGGCCCUUGUUCUGCAAGCUGGGAAGGAAGAACAAACCUUUGUGAGCAUGUACCCUGUGGUCCAUCAGCUGCUGCACUCUGGAGAGGAUUUCCACCUCUGCAGCAUACUGAUGACAUGCUUUGCAGCAGACAUAAGAAGUGCAGCCCCUAAUACAAGCCGAGGCCUGAAUGUGGUGACCUUGCCUUCGUUUCCUCGGUUAUUUGGAUUUCUUUUAAGCUAGAGAAGAGGGCCUUUGGUUUGCCUGUAAACAUCUGGGCCGAUUUGCCUUAUGUUGCUCUACCUGAACCAAAUCCCACCAUAUAAAAACACUUCCAUGUUUCCCAUCCAUGUUAACGCUUAUUAAUGAUCUGGCAAGGUUUCUACAGUUACUUAUAGGUAUGCUGUCUUCCCUUUUCCUGGCUUGGGUAGCUAUCCACCCUUAACUUUCUGCUCUUUACAGACAUGAAAGCAGUCUGGCUUUCUUGGCAAGAUCUGUCUUCAGUCUCAUGCAAUUCUGCUGGAGUAACCACCACUAAAACCUUAACAGUUGGAGCAGUUGUGUAUUUGUUUACAAAACCAAAACUGAAACUCUUGACACAAUACUCACUGUAGUGUCCCAAAAUCCAGAUACUUUCCAACAUCUAGAAGAGGUCUUGUCCUGUCUUCCUCAGUUCUUUGCAAUUAUGGUAUUUCAAUAAAUUCUGACCUUCAA